CACUAGUGUGAAACAAUGCUGUUGGCUUAUUUAAAACAUAUUUCUGUUUUCACAGUGAACUUCAGAAUUGUUAGCAUGGACACAAGCUUUGUACCCUUUGAUCAGCAGUACAGUGGAGUCCUGCUUGAGGACAGUAAAGGUAACAAGAUUGGUCAAUGGAGAAAUGUUUCCUCAACAAGGUGGAUUUUGCAGCUUUCUUAUGAAUUAAAUGCAGAGGCCCAUCAAGGUAUAUACAAAAUAAAGGCUUUUGCUGGUGACAGGAUGAUCUCACAUGAUUUUGAGGUGAAAAAAUAUGUUUUGCCUAAGUUUGAAAUUACUGUGACAGUACCAAAGACAGUAAGAAGAGGUGCUAAGUUCAUAGCAGUGGAGGUUUGUGGAAAAUACACUUAUAGGCAGCCUGUAUCUGGUAAAUCACGGGUAAAAGUGUGCCGUGAUUUUUCAUGUUGCUCUCAAAUGUGUAACAAACACAGUCCAAUAUGUGUGAAUGAAACCACUGAGAUAAAAAAGACAGGCUGUGCCAUGCAUACCUUAAAUAUAUCUGCCUUUUUAAACCCAUCAUAUUGUUAUCGACUAACAAAUUCUUUUAAUGUUGAAGCAACAAUCACAGAAGAAGGAACAGAGAUCACCAUGACAAAAUCUGAAACUAUAUCUCUCAUUGAAAGAAUCGACACCUUUUCUAGGGACAAAAAAACAGUUCAGGAAAUACAGCCUCCAUACAGCCUAUUUUUAAAUGAACUGAUUAUAGAGAAUAUUGAGCAACCAUUAAAAUGUGAUGCUGAGUUUACAUUGACCAUCAAGUAUUAUUUUUUACGAGAGACUGUUGAAUUCAAAACUGACAUUGUCUAUAUGGUCUUGUCCAGAGGAGUGAUCGUUCAUCAUGGAUAUAAGAAGGUUGAAGUGAAGACUUCUAAUGGAACAGCAAAUGGCACAGUGUCGUUCAAACUGUCUGUUGGUGCAGAUCUGGCUCCUGCAGUGCAUUUUCAGGCCUACUGUGUUCUGCCCAGUGAAAAUGUUGUUGCUGGUGGCAGAACAUUUAACACUGAAAAAUGUUUCAAAAACAAGGUGUCUCUGCAGUUUUCUCCUGCUAAAGCAGUUCCUGGUGAGAAAAACACUCUCCAGAUCUCAGCUCAGCCUGGUUCACUGUGUGGCCUCAGUGCUGUAGAUCAGAGUGUCCUGAUCAUGGAGUCAGGAAAACGUCUGGAUACUGACAAGAUCUUCAACCUGCUGCCGGUGCAUUCCGUGUCAGAUUCCAAGAGUGUUGAAGAUAUGCUGAAGUGUCCUUUUAUGCUGAGUUCAGAGCUAGAUAAUGCCUUUAAAUCCUUCAAGGUUAUAUCAUCAGCUGAAAAGAAAGCUCGAUUCAUCUUUCCAGAAACUUGGAUUUGGCAACUUGCUGAAAUUCGGGAAUCUGGAUCAGCUCAGGUUCCUGUCACGGUUCCUGACACCAUCACCUCUUGGGAGACAGAGGCCUUCUGUCUGUCCUCCAAAGGUCUGGGUCUGGCUCCUCCUGCUCAGCUGACAGUUUUCCAGCCCUUCUUCCUGGAGCUCUCUCUGCCUUACUCCAUCAUCCGUGGGGAGAUCUUUGAGCUGAAGGCCACUGUCUUCAACUAUCUGUCCAAGUGCAUCAUGGUUAAAGUGACUCCAGCUCCUUCCUCAGACUACACUCUCAAAGCCUCCUCUGAUGAUCAGUAUUCAUCCUGUCUGUGUGCUAAUGAAAGAAAAACCUUUAAAUGGAUCCUCACUCCUUCUGUUCUUGGAGUCUUGAAUAUUACAGUCAGUGCAGAGGCAGAGGCGUCCCAGACCCUGUGUGACAAUGAGAUUGUGAGUGUGCCAGAGAGAGGACGCAUUGACACAGUCACACGAAGUCUGCUUGUACAGGCUGAUGGAACUGAAAAGACAGAGACCUACAGCUGGUUACUGUGUCCAAAGGGUGACAGUCUCUCAGAGGAAGUGGAUCUGACUCUUCCUAAAGAUGUGAUAGAGGGAUCAGCCAGAUCCUCUGUUUCAGUCAUUGGAGACAUAUUGGGUCGUGCACUGACGAAUCUUCACGGAUUAUUACAGAUGCCGUACGGCUGUGGAGAACAAAACAUGGCUAUUCUUUCUCCCAAUAUUUACAUUCUGCAGUAUCUGGAAAACACAGAGCAGCUCACCUCAGCCAUCCGAGAGAGAGCCACCGGCUUCCUUAAGAGCGGAUACCAGAGACAACUGAACUACAAGCAUUUUGAUGGUGCAUACAGCACAUUUGGUUCUGGUGAUGGGAAUACAUGGUUGACUGCCUUUGUCCUGAGGUCUUUUGGCAAAGCACAGAAAUACAUAUUUAUUGAUCCAAAAAUUAUUCAGAGUGCAAAGAAAUGGUUAAUAAGCAGACGGGAUUCAGACGGUUGUUUUAUCCAACAAGGAAGACUGUUCAACAACAGAAUGAAGGGUGGAGUGAAUGAUAAUGUGACCAUGACUGCCUACAUUACUGCAUCAUUGCUUGAACUGGAAACUCCAGUCACAGAUCCUGUCGUCACUAAAGGUUUGUCAUGCUUGAGGUCCGUCAUUGAGGAUGUCAAAAACACUUACACCACUGCUCUGCUCGCCUACACUUUCAGUCUGGCUAGAGACAAGGACACUCGACAGCAGCUUUUCAAGAAACUGGAGGAUGUUGCUAUUUCAGAUGGGUCUCAUCUCCACUGGUCUCAGUCUGGAUCUGCUGGUGACUCUGAUUCUCUGGCAGUGGAGAUCAGCUCAUAUGUGCUGCUAGCUGUUCUCACUACAGAUUCAGUCACUCCAGCUGAUCUGGGCUUUGCUAACAGGAUUGUCAGCUGGCUUGUGAAGCAGCAGAAUGCCUAUGGAGGAUUCUCCUCCACACAGGACACAGUGGUGGCUCUUCAGGCUCUGUCUUUGUACGCCACCAAAGUGUUCAGCUCUGACGGCUCCAGCACAGUGACUGUACAGUCAGCAGGAGACACUCACCACUUUGAUGUCAAUCAGGACAACAAGUUACUGUACCAGGAGAAGCAGCUGCAGAACGUUCCAGCCAAAUACAGCAUUGAAGUGAAGGGCUCAACCUGUGUGUCUGUGCAGGUGGCUCAGUUCUACAAUAUUCCCACUCCUACUGAAGCUAAAACGUUGAGCAUUGAUGCUAAGAUUGAGGGAGAUUGCAACACAUUGGGACAAAAUUUCAUUUUGAACUUCACUGUCAAGUAUGAUGGUUUAGUGGAAAGGACUAACAUGGUCAUUGUGGAGAUUAAACUCUUGUCUGGAUUUACAGCUGAUACAUCAAUGCUUAAAACUUUUUCUGGAAUGUACGUAUCACUUGUGGAGCGAGUCGAUGUUAAAGAUGAUCAUGUCAUUGUGUAUUUGAAAGAGAUCCCCAAAAAUAUUCCAAAGAAUUACCAGAUACAAAUGAAACAGGUUCUUCCUGUGAAGAAUCUCAAGCCAGCCGUGGUCAAAGUGUAUGAUUACUACCAAACAAGUGAUCAGUCAGAGACCGAAUACUCCUUCCACUGUCAAUGAAGCUGCAGAACUGAAGCACUUCACCUCAGUUCAGCUUGCAUGAAGAAUAAUUAAAUAAUUAAAUAUAAUUAUUUUUAAUUAUUUAGUCUGGGUAAACUUAUUUCCAAUCAGACUAAAUUUGAACAAACCCCCAAAUCCUGGUCUGAGUUUUUGGCCAUGCCUCAACAGUCUGAGUGUAUGAUUAAUAAAAGUGCUGAAAACAAAUGAUGGCG